ACGCUAGCGCGCGGGAUUUAAACUGCGGCGGUUUACGCGGCGUUAAAACUUCGUAGAGUUAGCAGAGUUGUAGUUUCUUUCUGGCGCACCUGCCGGUUGCUCAAUGGACUCGUCGCUUCAGGCCCGCUUGUUUCCCGGUCUCGCCAUCAAGAUCCAACGCAGUAAUGGCUUAAUUCACAGUGCCAAUGUAAGGACUGUGAACUUGGAGAAAGCCUGUGUUUCAGUGGAAUGGACAGAAGGAGGUGCCACAAAGGGCAAAGAGAUUGAUUUCGAUGAUGUGGCCGCAAUAAACCCAGAACUCUUACAGCUUCUUCCCCUACACCCGAAGGACAAUCUGCCCCUGCAGGAGAAUGUAACGGUUCAGAAACAAAAACGCAGAUCAGUCAACUCCAAAAUUCCCGCUCCAAAGGAAGGUCUCCGAAGCCGCUCCACUCGCAUGUCCACUGUCUCAGAGGUUCGCAUCACCACUGAGGAAAAUGAUAUGGAGGUGGAGCUGCCUGCAUCUGCAAAUUCUCGCAAGCAGUUUUCAGUUCCCGCUGGCCCCGCUAGGCCUUCCUGCCCUGCAGUGGCUGAAAUACCAUUGACGAUGGUCAGCGAAGAGGUAGAAGAGCAAGUCCAUUCCAUCCGAGGCAGCUCUUCUGCAAACCCUGUGAACUCAGUUCGGAGGAAAUCAUGUAUUGUGAAGGAAAUGGAAAAAAUGAAGAACAAGCGGGAAGAGAAGAGGGCCCAGAACUCUGAAAUGAGAAUAAAGCGAGCUCAGGAGUAUGACAACAGCUUUCCAAACUGGGAAUUUGCCCGGAUGAUUAAAGAAUUUCGGGCUACUUUGGAUUGUCAUCCACUUACUAUGACUGAUCCUAUCGAAGAGCACAGGAUAUGUGUUUGUGUUAGGAAACGCCCACUAAAUAAACAAGAAUUGACCAAGAAAGAAAUUGAUGUGAUUUCCGUUCCUAGCAAAUGUCUCCUUUUUGUACACGAGCCCAAGUUAAAAGUGGACUUAACAAAGUAUCUGGAGAACCAAGCAUUCUGCUUUGACUUUGCAUUCGAUGAAACGGCUUCAAAUGAAGUUGUCUAUAGGUUCACAGCAAGGCCACUGGUACACACAAUUUUCCAAGGUGGAAAAGCAACCUGUUUUGCAUAUGGCCAGACGGGAAGUGGCAAGACACAUACUAUGGGCGGAGACCUCUCUGGGAAAGCCCAGAAUGCAUCCAAAGGGAUCUAUGCAAUGGCCUCCCGCGAUGUCUUCCUCCUGAAGAAUCAGCCCCGCUACCGGAACCUGGGCCUGGAAGUCUAUGUGACAUUUUUCGAGAUUUAUAAUGGGAAGCUGUUCGACCUGCUCAACAAGAAGGCCAAACUGCGCGUGCUGGAGGAUGGCAAGCAGCAGGUGCAGGUGGUGGGGCUGCAAGAGCACCUGGUUACCUGUGCUGACGAUGUCAUCAAGAUGAUCGACAUAGGCAGUGCCUGCAGGACCUCUGGGCAGACAUUUGCCAACUCCAACUCUUCCCGCUCCCACGCCUGCUUCCAGAUUCUUCUUCGAGCCAAAGGGAGGGUGCAUGGCAAGUUCUCUUUGGUGGAUCUGGCAGGGAAUGAGCGAGGCGCGGACACUUCUAGUGCUGACAGGCAGACCCGCAUGGAAGGCGCAGAAAUCAACAAAAGUCUCCUGGCUCUGAAGGAGUGCAUCAGGGCCUUAGGACAGAACAAGGCUCACACCCCCUUCCGCGAGAGCAAGCUGACACAGGUGCUACGGGACUCCUUUAUCGGGGAGAACUCAAGGACCUGCAUGAUUGCCAUGAUCUCACCGGGCAUAAGCUCCUGUGAAUAUACUUUAAACACACUAAGAUAUGCAGACAGGGUCAAGGAGCUGAGCCCCCACAGUGGGCCCAGUGGGGAGCAGCCAACUCAAAUGGAAACAGAAGAGAUGGAAGCCAGCUCUAAUGGGGCCUUGAUCGCAAGCGAUUUCUCCAAGGAAGAGGAAGAAUUGUCUUCCCAGAUGUCCAGCUUUAAUGAAGCCAUGACUCAGAUCAGGGAGCUGGAAGAGAGGGCCAUGGAAGAGCUCAAGGAGAUUAUACAGCAAGGGCCAGGCUGGCUUGAGCUCUCCGAGAUGACCGAACAGCCAGACUAUGACCUGGAGACCUUUGUGAACAAGGCAGAGUCUGCCCUGUCCCAGCAAGCCAAGCACUUCUCAGCCCUGCGAGAUGUCAUCAAGGCCUUGCGCCUGGCCAUGCAGCUAGAAGAGCAGGCCAGCAAACAAAUAAGCAGCAAGAAACGGCCCCUGUGACGACUGCAAAUAAAGAUGUUUGGUUUCACACCCAGCCUUUUCACCACCCCACCCCUCUCCAGUGAACUUUUGGGCACCUGGUGGGUCUAGUCAGGGUCUGAGCUGGGACAGAGUUUGGUAAAGGCCAAGUACGGGCACAUCAGGGCCAGGGCAGCUGGGGAGGGGAUCAGAGUGACACAGGACACUACUUUCCUUUUCCUCAAUUGUAGCCCUGAGGAGAGCAAGGAUGGGAGGAGGGAGCUUUUAGUUCUCCUGUGUGUUGCCCUUCUCUCCAAGUGGGGAAGGCUCACUGGUGUAGAGUUUGCCCUUGGUCGGCAUUCUGCCUGUGUGGACUGGCUGCUGGGGAAAGGUUGCUGGGGUAGUCCUGGCCCUGGGGAGAAGGAAGGAGCCUUCAGUCUAGCUCUCUGCUGGUUCUGGCCUGCCUUCCACACCCUUGGUCUGGGCACUAAUAUGUCUUGUACUUUAAAAAACGUUUCUGGAACCUCUUCCUUGCUAUUUUUUGAGGCCCAAGAGGAUCCUUGCUGUUUUCUGUUUUAUGUGUUUAUACAUUGUGUCUAACAAUAAAGAAAGAGGAAAAAAAAUCAGCCUGUUCAGUGGCCUGUGGGAAGGGCCUGGGAUGUGUGAGCCUUCUGGAACUAAAGAUACCGCUGCAACUCUGGAUAGCACUGAUUCUGUACAGGAAAGGAUCCCAUGGGCAAUACCAGUUUGAUCUUGAAAAAUGAGUAGAAGUUUGUCAGGCAAACUGAAGAACCAAGCAUAGGGCAUGGGCAGUUUGAGAAGUGAGAGAUUCCAGAUUCAGUGUCAUGGAAUGUGAAUUAUCUAAAUGGUGAUGAGCCACUAAAAGGUUUCUGGCCUAGGAGCCACCCAAUCACAUGUGUUUUAGAAAGGCCUCACUUAGGGAGACAAGUUGGGAGCAUCAGGUAUGUGGGCUCCUGCAGAAACCCAGAGAAGGGUGGGGUCGAACAGAGCAGGUUCUGUCCCUCUCAGCCUUGGUCAUUUCCUUUGUAAAACGCAUUCUCAACCUCACGGUGAGAGAAUACAUAAAUCUGACUGACCAUUAAAUAACCAAAUAUAGGACCUGGAUUCAGAAAUUCAGCUAUAUCAGAUGUUUGAUAAAAAUGGCACCAGCUCUGAGGCCUUAAAAGCUUCCAGAGACUUGAAUUUUCCCCUCAUCCGUAAGAUGAGGCCACCAGUACCCACCUCACAGAACUGAAAAGAUUAAAUGAAAGAAUGCCACCAUCCCGGACCUGAGAAUCUUCUCACCUAGAAUACUGUAUGAGUAACUGGUCUCCUGCUUGAAUUCUUGACUCCCAUUGACCCAUUCUCCCCAACCAGCCAGAGGAAUCACUACGUUAUUCACUACUUGGAACCCUUCAAUAACGUCCCUUUGCACAAGGGAUAAAUACUGAACGCCCUACAAUGGCCCAUUAGGCCCUGCCCAGUCAACUCCUCUCUACUGGUCCAGUAGGAAUGCAAUUUGGGCAAAACAGUUUAGAGGCUAAAAACCCAGCUGCAGAAGCCACACUGCAAGGUGAGAUCCUAACUCUGACUGCAGAACCUAAAGUGAGUUGUUUAACCUCUGUGCUAUCUGUGAAAUGGGGAUAAUACUGGUAUAGAGUCAUUAUGAAAAUUGGGUUAAUAUACACACAGCAGUGAGUAAAAUGUCUCAUAUUUAGUAAGUGCUAUGUAAGUGCUAGCUAUUUAAGCAUGUAAGGACAAAAGAUUUUUGUUGUAUUUAAUACUGUAUUCACAAUAUCUCAAAUAUAUGAUUAGUACACAAUAUAUAUUUUUGAAUGAAUGAAUAAACUGUAUCCCACCA